AUGCGUAAGACGAACGAUUCGCAAGUGCGAUACAAUCAGCACACAAACCCUCUGGCUCGCCACCACCCGCUGAAGGGUUUAUGCCAGACUUUUGUUGACCAGAGUUUUUGGAAUUUAGGCGAGACGAAAAAAAUGAACAUGUUUCAAUCUAUCAACGACGCGAUGAGUAUAGCAUUGGCGACAGACGAGACAGCUGUCAUUUUUGGAGAAGAUGUGGCUUUUGGUGGUGUAUUUCGUUGUACUUUGGGCCUUUCCGAAACAUUUGGUAAAGAUCGGGUAUUUAAUACCCCAUUGACAGAACAAGGUAUAGUUGGGUUUGGUAUUGGAAUGGCGGCAAUGGGACACACCGCAAUUGCGGAAAUUCAAUUCGCGGAUUAUAUUUUUCCUGCGUUUGAUCAGAUUGUCAACGAGGCAGCCAAGUACAGAUAUCGUUCGGGGGGGUUAUUUAACGUUGGUGGGUUGACAGUGCGGGCACCUUGUUCGGCCGUAGGGCACGGUGGACAUUAUCAUUCCCAGUCACCCGAAGGAUAUUUUGCUCACACGCCUGGUAUAAAGAUUGUGAUGCCGCGAAGUCCGAUUCAAGCAAAGGGUCUUUUAUUAGCCUCCAUAAGAGAUCAAAAUCCUGUAUUAUAUUUUGAACCGAAGAUACUAUACCGCGCUGCUGUUGAACAGGUGCCUGUAGGUGAUUACGAAUUACCAUUGGGUAAGGCCGAAGUUUUAAAACCGGGCAAAGAUGUCACCGUAGUAGGUUAUGGAUCACAGAUUUAUGUCCUUGAAAACGCUAUACAGAUGGCCGAGAAAGCUAUAUCCGGCCUAUCAUGUGAACUUAUAGAUUUAAGAACCCUCCUACCGUGGGACGUUGAUACGAUUGCAAAAUCGGUUGAUAAAACCGGCAGAUUAAUUAUUGCUCACGAGGCACCACAGACCUCGGGACUUGCAGCUGAAAUUGCAACCAGUAUAAUGGAACGAUGUUUCUUGAGACUUGAAGCGCCAAUUCAGAGGGUUUGCGGUUGGGAGUAA